GCGAAUUGAAUAGCACUAAACCUCGCUAUGUCAUUUCGACCUCCCCUCAAGUGUGCCUUUGCGACUAUGCACUCGAAACUUCUGACCACGACAGAACUGCACACUGGACCCAUCUUCGAAGCCUUAUACUCGAAACACGAAAUGACAGAAACAAUGCACGCCUUUGUGAAUGAGCGCCUUCGCCUCGCUCUCAGCGGACACAUACCGGGCCACCAGCUUGACACGCUCGUCGGUAACGUCCUCCAGUUCUUAUGCCGCCCUAUCACCUACCAAACUAAGAACGCCCCAGCAUCCCUAUCCCACCUCUUCAAAACUGUCCGCCCAGACCUCACACCCGCGAAGGUUCUCAUCGCCGUCUCGGAGCCCUCGGUCUGCGGCUCGCAGUACUGCAGCUGCCACAGCGCCGACAGUAUCCUGCACACGUACAAAAUCACGGUGUUUGUGGAUCGCAAGGAGCAGGGGAGACGGGUGACGAAACCGUGGGUGCGGGCGAGUAGUGCGGUGGGAUUUGGGGAGUGCGUGGAGGGGUUGUUACGGGAGAUUGAGCAGGUUGAGGAGACGAAAAGGGCGGUAGAUGAAGAGGCAGAGAGGAAGAAGGGGGAAGAAGAGGCGGAGGCCGAGAGGGAGAAGAAGGCGACCGAAGCGAAGAGGUUUGAGCGGGGUGGGAGGAGUGGGCUUAUGGAGGAAUUUGAGAAAUUGAAGGGAAGGGAAAGGGGGUUUACGGUACCGAGGAGGGGAUUGAGUGGAGGGAACUUGUAGGGUGGGUUGUAGGUGUUUGCGCCGGGUAUUGCACACGAGGAGGCUGGGCGAAUUGUGGGUGGCUGCGCUCUAAAGAGCAUACGACCGGCUCCAGCGAAAGAAGAGAGAGCCGUGGGCAUUCAGAAGCUUGACAGAUUGUGUUAUACUCAAAUAAUUGUCCGCAUC